AUGAGUCUUGCGCCAGCUCCUACACGUUUGCGUCAAAUCGCGUUGGUAGCCAAAGAUCUUGAAGGCACGAAGCAGCUACUUACUCACGUGCUAGGUAUAGACGUCAUAUUCGAAGAUGUUGCUGUUGAGCAAUGGGGAUUGAAGAACUUCCUCGUACCACUUGGUGGUGACAUGAUUGAGGUAGUUUCACCGAUCAAAGAAGGUACUACAGCAGGACGUAUGCUUGAAAAGCGCGGCGAAGGCGGAUAUAUGAUCAUCAUGGAAACAGAGGAUGCAAAGAAGAGGCGCGACUACAUCGUGGCAAACGAAUUAGCCAAGGUCAUUUUCGAACACGAGUAUACGGAUUCAGUCUGCAUACAGUAUCACCCGAAAGGCAUCAAAGGCGGCAUCAUGCCCGAACUUGAUUCUCAUACACCGAGCCCGAGCAAUCCGACACCUCUCCAAACUCGUUUCUCACCAUGGCACGCCUGCGGUACACAGGUUGAUAGUUACACUUCCCUUAUGAAACAAUCGGGUCACCUCAAUCUCGAGGGAUGUGCACUGCGCCUGCGACCUGGCGACGCUGGUCACGAGGCCGCUUCGCGACAGUGGGAAGAGAUAUUUGGAGUGGGAAGGAGUAGAGAUAUGCUCGCGUUCACCAACGCAAGACUAGGCUUCAUUAGAGGGCAAGAAGGACUACCGGAGGGCCUAGUGUCUAUUACGGUCGGGGUCAGAGGCAAGGAAAAGCUUGAUGCCAUACUGGAAAGCGCACGUAAUGCGGGGGUCUGCAGAAAUGGUUGGGUUGACAUGUGCGGUAUCAAGUGGUACUUUGUUCUGACAGGCCAUGACGCGUCUAAGGGAAAGCUGUAA